GGAGAGGUCCCGCCGGUCAGCUGGCCGAAUGCGUUGACCGAAGUUAUACUAACCUUACCUAGACUUAGACUGCCUUAAUUACUCACCUGGUAGUUUUACAGAGGAGUAGUAAGGAUGGGUGCAUUUCCGGCUAAACCCCGCCAAAACAAAUUUCCUUCCAAAUGACGCAAAGGGUCUGGUGGAAGUUUCCAGUACUUACCCCACCAUGAGGUAGUACGGUACAUGAUCUUGAAAAUAAUUCGAGCGCAUCGCCGCGAAGUUUUAGUUGCGCCUUGAAUCGAACAGAAAAACAAACCCAGCGAAUAUUCACCCUGAGACGCUAAAAAAAAGGGAAGGAAUUUUCUUACAUCGCUUCCGCGCAAAAGAAAAUAAAAAUCAAAUUUACAAAAAUGGUGCAGCAAUUUGGUCCAGAGCCGCCUCCAGGCCUUCGCAAGGCCAACGCUGGCUUCGAUGCGGAGAAUGCUCCCAACCAUGAGGGUAUUGAGAUGGCCUUUGCUGAGAAAGUGAUCCAGCACAUGGAAACAUACUGGAAGAUCCUGAAAAACAAGCGAGGCUCGCAGCUGCGCCUCACCAAGAUUGACGACGAGAUCUACGAACACCUCAAAAAAGACUUCCCCGAGCUUGACCCGGCGGCCGACAUUGACGAGGACGUGCUCAAGAACAAGGAGAACAAGGAGAGGUGGCGCAAAUUUUUGAACUUUUACGACAAGAAGGUCGAGGACUUCAACUUUGGAACGAUGCUGCGCAAGAACCCCAAGGACGACGUCGAGGUGGAAAACAGAAUCAUUUUCGUGCCCAGAAUGCAGUUCUAUGCGUUUGAGAUCGCAAGAAACAAGGCCGGAUUGAACGACUGGAUCUAUGAGCAGGAACACCCAGAGGAGAAGAAGGAUAGUGAGGCUACCACAAGCAGCUGAUCUUGGUAAUGCCCAGAUACCCUGAAAAGCUCGGUCAGACACAGGAGUCGGCCUGGCUGUUAUGCGACAGCAAAUCCAAGAACAAGAGUGAGUAGUCCAAGGCCAUUUCCUGGGACUCACUCGGAGUCGCCGUUGGAAUGAACGCCUUUGUCAAUUCUGCCAAGGACCAAGUUCCGCUUAUAGAAAUAAGCACGAAGCAAGGGAUGGUCCUUCAAGGCGCAAGAAGCGAAAAGGUCGACCUCGCUUGUGGAAUUCAGAAGCUAUAACAAUUUAAUCAAUUGAUUUGCGUA